AUGAGUUGGGUGUGGAUUCAGCUACGGAGAUGGAGACGGGUUGAGAUUUGUUUUGAGGAGGUGGAGGGAGAGAUAGCGGCGUCCACGAGGCCUGGGGAGAGGGAGACUAGCAUCUCCGUGUCCUGCAACCUCCUCAGUCGCUUUGUCCGCCAGAACAGCGCCAUAGCGGCGGAGCUCAGCCUCAGGAUCAAAGGUGAAACCGAGAUACAGAGGUCGCCAGCGACGAUGAGCAUGUUGCCCAGAGUGGAGGGCGAGGAGGCGGAGAGGAGGAAGGAGACCAUGGAGUUGUUCCCAUAUAGCUCUGUGUUCGGCGUGCAAGACGUUGUUACUGCCUCAGAUGCUUCUAGGAGACCGCCGACCUCCUCAGUGGAGAACGGGUUCACGAGGGCCAACGCGCCGCUGCUCGGUGCUUGCAAGCACGACGAGGCCAUGCACCUCUCACCGCCGCAGUGCCUCUACACAAGUGCGAUGCUGGCCAAGACAGACGAGAACGACGAGGCGCACAUCGUUCUGUGCCGCAUGCUGAUGGGCUGGCUGGAGGCUAUCUCUGCAGGGUCCUCCCGGUCUAGCCCCAGCAGCGAUGACUACGACAGCGCCGUUGACAACUUAGUGAAUCCACAGUGGUACAUUAUGUGGAACAAGGACAUGAACACAAGGAUCCUCCCACAUUUGCCCAGGAAAGGAAGGAACCUCGCGGGAUGCAAGCCAUGAAGCCAAGAUUUUCUGAGGUAAAUAUUCCUUGCAUAAUUUGUUUCUGCUCCUGCGUUUUUAGAUCAAAUGACAGAUGAUCUCCUGCGUGAUUUCAUAACUGGAUUUGCAUUGUUUAACCUUGAAUCUACAUGUUAUUUCUGAGGUGGUCUGAAAAUAUUAUUA